AUGCGUGGCCCCCGACCUUUGUUAAAGGACCACUACACCCUUUUGAAGAAGGUUGGAAGCGGAACUUACGGCGAAGUUUUCAAGGCUUCAGCUAUCGGGGACCCAACUAAAAUCGUCAGUGUUAAACAAUCAAAACAGACAAAAAACGGAAAUGACGACAAACUAAUACCCCCGGCCGUGCUUCGAGAACUUACUCUUCUGAGUGAGAUAAAUUUUCCGCAUAUUAUCCAUACUUCCAUCAAAGAUGUAUUUUAUGAUUCUGAUAAUCAUGUUUUAGCAUUUGUCUACGAUUACGGUGCGUUUGAUGUUAGGAAAUUAAUUCGAUUUUAUCUAUCGAGAAAGCAGAUUGUUUCAGAAAUGGUAACAAAAUCGAUCUUAUUUCAACUUCUCCUUGCAUUAGACCAUAUCCACCAAAGAGGAAUUAUUCACUGCGACAUAACACCUCCAAAUUUGAUCAUAAUGCCUGAGAAUUCGAAGAUUCCUGGCAUAGUUAAAUUGAUAGAUUUCGGUUUAGCCCGAGCGAUUGAUAAUACGAACUUCCCGAAAAAUACAGGAGUAGUUACUGUAUGGUAUAGAGCACCAGAACUACUUCUUGGUGAUUCCCAUUACGAUGCUUCUAUAGAUUUAUGGUCUGCUGGCUGCAUCUUCGCCGAAUUGCUGUUGGGUGAUGUCUUGUUCAAGGCUGAAACUCAGAACGAGCAAAAUCCAACUGGUUUCAAUAAGAAUCAACUUGCAAAAAUUUUAGAAAUCAUGGGACCAAUAAAUGAGUCGAGCAUUGCCCGGCCAGAAUGGUGUGCCCAUUUAGCAGACUACAAUAGGAUGACAAAACCUAAGCAGAAGACUUCCCUGCAGAAGUUAUUUCAAAAUGUCAAUCCGAAAGCAUUUGAUUUGCUUAUAAAGAUGCUCGAAUACAACCCUUACCAUAGAAUUACAGCACAUGAUGCUUUGCGUCAUGAAUACUUCAAUGAAAAACCGAUUCCAGGAAUGAACAUUUCUCGAAUGAUUCUCCGUGAAGAUUGGGUACAGUUGGUAUCAAUAGGAGAAGGUUCUUCUACUACUAUAUAG